AUGGAGGGGUCUUUGGAAAGAAAGGUGUUCCGUUUCUGCCCUGAAUGUGGCACAAAGUUGAAGCCCUCUUACAAAUACUGUCCUUCAUGUGGGGAGAAAAUCCCUUGUGGCGCAGAUGCUCCUGCAUUGGAGAGCAUUUCAUCUCUUCCAAAUUCCUCUCCACCUAAAGGAUAUGAACCCAUGAGAACAAAUCAAGCGUCCAGCAUAAGUCAUGAGGCAACAGACGUGAAUGGAAGUCCCUCUUCUGUUUUGCGGAAGACCCGUAACUCUGUCCACCUGGACAGGGAAGAAAAUUCAAGCGUAAAAGAUGACUCCCCUCCUAGAACACAAGAUGACAGCAUGCCUUCACCAACGCAAACUCCAGUCAAGCGUGUUAAGAAGGCGUCACCUGCCGAGGCCCCUCCCCCUUCUGUCUUCAAAUCUACCAGAUCUGGAAGGGGCAGACGUUCGAUUGCGCAAUCGGUGGAGGAAGAUGAGAAAAAGCCAGAGGACCCGAAGACCACAGAGGAAUCCACUGUGGACAACCCCCCUCAGACGUUUACCUCUCCUCUUCCGUCUACAGCCGCCAAAUCACCUUUUAAAGGUGCAGGACAGAACAAAGGCAAAAAGUUGCCUGUCUUGGAGCGACUCAACGACGGCGAGGAGCUCACGGACAACACAGGCAGCAAGUGGACGUUGGUCAAGCUGCUCAGUCAGAGCGCGACAGAGCUCGUGUACGAAGUGGCGCAAAAAGGCUCAUGGAACUCCUCCAAAGAAUCUGCUUUCAUCCUUAAAUUGGGAUCUGAACGUGGGAGAAUCUACAGAGAGCAGAACUUUAUACAGAGGGCUGCCAAACCUAUAUCUGUGACCAAGUGGAUCAGACAACACGAGCUGGACUUCCUCGGAAUCCCUUCCUGCGUGGGCUUCGGCCAUACGGACUCUUACAGGUUCCUAGUUUUUCCCGCCAUGGGGAACUCUCUCCAGUUGCUCAUAGAAAACCAGCUCCUUACUGAGAAGACUGUUCUUCAGUUGGCCUGCAGAAUACUGGACGUGCUGCACUACAUCCACUCCAACGAGUACGUGCACGCCAACAUCAACGCCGACAGCAUCUACAUACGAGUCGAACCAAAUACAGAGGUCUAUCUGGUGGACUACUACCACGCCUCCCGCUUUUGUCCGGGCGGAAUCCACGUGUCUUAUCGGCAAGGCAGCCAAGAGCUCCACGAAGGCUCGCUAGAGUUCAUCAGUGUAGAUUGUCAUCAACGAGUAGUCCCGUCGCGGCGUAGUGACCUGCAGUCGCUCGGCUACUGCAUGCUGUUCUGGCUCACGGGGAUGCUGCCGUGGCGCGGAAUCGUCGAUCCUGAGCUGGUGGCCGACCUCAAGCAGAAAUACUUGGAUGACGUUCCAGCACUAAUGAGCCACUGCUUCGGGAAGAAUAACAUUUCAAGCACAAUUCGGAGCUACAUGGAGACCGUGUCGGAGCUCCAGUACACAGAGCAGCCGGAUUACACCGAACUGAAAGACAGGCUCUCCCAAACUUUGUCACAACUUGGAGGCUCUGUCCAAGGGCCCCUCAGCUUUUAG